UUAGAGUUCUUCCUCCACCGUCUUUACUCUUCCUCUCCCCUGUCUCGCUAUAAGUUCAUGACUACAGCCAGGAGGCCCCACAACAUGAUGGCAGCAUGCAGUUUGAGGCUAUUUUAUGGAAUUGUCACUCUUCUCUGGGCUGUUCUGGUUCAUGUUCAGUGUAAUGAGGAGAUGCAACUUAUCCAAUACAUGUUCAAUGGCUACAACAAGAACAUCCGCCCUGUGGUCCAUCCUGAGGACAAAUUGGACGUUCAGAUCAAGCUGACCCUCACCAACCUUAUUUCUCUGAAUGAAAAGGAAGAGACUCUUAUGACCAACGUCUGGAUUGAAAUACAAUGGAUUGAUUAUCGUCUGGCCUGGAAUACAUCGGAUCACCAUGGCAUAGGUAUCAUCCGUGUCCCCUGCAAAACUGUCUGGCUCCCUGACAUUGUCCUUGAAAACAACAUUGAUGGCAAGUUUGAUGUGGCUUACUAUGCCAAUGUUUUGAUCUACAACAACGGUGGGAUCUAUUGGCUUCCUCCAGCUAUCUAUCGCAGCACAUGUGCCAUAGAGAUCACCUACUUCCCUUUUGAUUAUCAAAAUUGCACACUAGCGUUCAGAUCGCAGACCUACAGUGCCAAUGAAGUGGACCUCAUAUUGGCUGUUGGAGAAACAGGCGAAACAAUAGAAUGGGUGGACAUUGACCCCGAGGCCUUUACUGAGAAUGGCGAGUGGGCCAUCGUCCAUCGUCCAGCCAGGAAAAUGAUCAACGCGCGAUAUUCCCCGGAUGACCUGGAGUAUCAGGAGAUCAUUUUCAACCUGGUCAUCCAGAGGAAGCCCCUCUUCUACGUCAUCAACAUCAUCCUGCCAUGCUCCCUCAUAUCUUCACUGGUCGUAUUAGCAUACUUCUUACCAGCUCAAGCCGGCGGUCAAAAGUUGACGGUGUCCAUCUCCGUCUUGCUGGCUCAGACUGUCUUCCUCUUUCUUAUUGCCCAGAAGGUCCCGGAGACAUCGCUCUCUGUCCCGCUCCUCGGCAAGUACAUCAUCUUUGUUAUGUGCGUUACCACUCUCAUUGCUACCAAUCAGAUUGUGGUGUUGAACUUCUCCCUGCGCAGCCCCAACACUCACACCAUGUCCCAUAACAUCAAGCAUCUGUUUUUAGAAUUGGUACCCCGCUUCCUCGGCAUGUCCCCAUUGGUGGACGACAACGAGGUGACGUCAGAAGUGAACGGCAUGAGAGAUCGGAGGCGAGACUCCUUCGGCCUCAUGCAGAGAGCAGAGGAGUACGUGCUCAAACAGCCCCGCAGCGAAAUGAUGUUUGACAAGCAAAAGGAGAAGCAUAGCCUGAUGCAACCCAACGUGGAUGGCGUUGAUGCUAACACUACAGCCAAUUUGUACAAGAGUUUAGCCCAAGCUGCACCAGAGAUAAAGCAAUGUGUGGAUGCCUGCAACUUCAUUGCGGAGACUACAAGACAACAAAACAACACUGGAUCUGAAAUUGAAAGCUGGGUACUGAUCGGGAAGAUGAUUGACAAGGUGUGUUUCUGGGCGGCCAUUCUCCUCUUCAUCAUCGGCACAGUGGGGAUCUUCCUCACGGGACACUUCAACAGGGCACCUGAAUGGCCAUUUCCCGGGGAGAGCAAAAAAUACACCCCUAAUUGAAGAAAGGGAAAAAAAACUGAAAAAUUUUGAGGCUAAUACCUCCAUAAGGUUUACUAUACUUCACACAGUGUGUGCGGAUGACAGUAGUGAUCUCUGACACCGUGCAGGAUCCUCAUCGGGGGUGAAUUGAGUCUGUAGAGUGUGAGAGAUUUUGCAGCACAUCUCAUGACAGCACAUUUGUCUCUUUGAGGAAAAGCCCUAUUGGUGAAAGUUACACGGCCAUACGAGCGAUAGGUGGGUCAGGACACAUUAAUUUAACUCAUUGUAAUCAACUUAACGAUUACUUUUAUUUGCAAAUUUGCCGUGUGGGUUAAAGCAAUUCACACUUUAAGUAGAAUUAGGUCAAACAAGAAAUGUAUGUAUUGAGGCAAGGAAUAAUUUUAGUUUUGUCUACUUUGUAUAAUAAAGUUGCCCUGUUUGUGUGGGCUUUUAGUGACUCCAAACCUGCAUGUGUCUUAUAUGAGGAACAUGGUAACGUAAUUUGAGCCAGUCAAUGCAUUAUAGCCUAACGAUGAUUUAUUAACAAAAUGUUAUGUU